UUAUUGUCGCUUGAGCAAUUGAGCACUGUUAAUUCUAUUGUACAGUUAUUAUUAAUUCAGGAGAUUGAAACGAAAUUAUAUAUAAUCUUUGAACAUUAUACUACUUGUUUAUCUUGCAAAAUUGUAAAAUGGUGUAUGUUAAAGGAGAUGGCACUGUAGUGCAGCAGAACUCCUUUAACAUCUUUGGAUGGUUCUGGGGCAUGAUAAACUUCUUUUAUCUUCUAUUCCAAACUCUCAUCAACCCAAACUACAGUAAGCACGGUGACAAGUAUGUGAGAGACUUCCGACCACCGGGCAGUGGUCCACCGAAACCUCCGAGUCGAAAAUUUGGCGGCUUCGGCCCAUCGGGAUCGGGGCCCUCUGCCCCACCCAUGGGCGGCUGCGGAUGUGGCGGCUAAGUAACAUUCCAAAAUCAUCAUAAACUCACUCAACCCUAUAAUUUGUCCUAUAUAUAUUUUUAAUUCUUCCAAAAACUAAAUUUUAUUCUUA